AUGCUUGAUGCAGUGCCCAGUGCUGGUUGCUCUGACGUGUCGAGGUUCCAGCGUUUCUUCGACGACAUAUACCAACGUUUGUUCGCCAUGUCCUACCUGUGCCCGGGGUUCUUGCCCUGGAUUGAUUGUGGCCCCGCUACAGAACAGAGUGGAAAGUUCGUGAUAAGGGCUGUCGGAUUGAUGUACAUCCUGGUUAUAAUUUUCGACAUGCUCGCCGCCUUCUCCAGCCCUGGCAACUUUACUGCAUUCCUAAUGGUUCUACUGGCACUCGGCGUUUUGGCCAUCCUACUUAUGAUCUCACGCAAGCCACAAAAUAAGAACGGCUUGAUAUAUACUACACCUGGCGUCCCUUUUGUACCGGCCAUUGCAGUUACUGUAAACAUAUAUCUGAUUUUAAACCUCUCUAUACUGACCCUUGUACGAUUCACCGUCUGGAUGAUUUUAGGAUUCUUUAUGUACUUCAUGUAUGGUAUUAAGAACUCUGUAUUAGAGACCGACCCGCCCAAGUCUCCGGAGCCAAUACCACCACCCCCGAACCCACUUGACCGUACUAUGUUAGUCCCAGGGCCCACUCAAAGUUACCCAGUCGGAGAUCGAAACAUAUUCCAGGGCGAUGGAAGUGGACCCUUCGGCAACAAUGAUCAUCAAAUCUAUGAAGAUCCGCUGCAGUCCUGGAAGAUAACAGAAACCCAACCAACACGGAACCGUACUACAAGCAAUGUAUCAUUUAAACAAGUAGAAACUCGAUUCGAUCCUCAAACCAACAAUGUGACCACGCACACUUCUAGCCGACCACCAUGGGCGUAUCCGGAGGUUUCCUACGAUGCAUGGGACGACUAA